GUCCCUCCUGUUUGUGCUGCAGCUGCAGAGUCAGUCAGUGUCAGUGUUUGGGUGUGACUACAGACUGAUCCAGGAUCUGCUCCGAGCUCGGUCAGUCUCCGGACAGAUGACCCACAGACCAGAACCAGAACAGCAGCAGACCUGAGAUGGAGAUGUCAGGAGCUCCGGGGAUGCCUGGUCGCCAGCAGCAGCGCUCCGGGACCGUGAAGAGGAGGAGGUGGGGAGGUCUGAGGCAGCAGUGGAAACUUCUGGGCCUCUUUGAGAUCGAUCAGCAGCAUGAGUUCUACAGCCUGACCUCCAUGAUGAAGGAGGGCUUAGCUGCAGCCAUCCAGACUACCAUCGACAACCCACUGACGAAGGACCUAUCAGAUGAUGAUUUCAGAUCAGAGGUCACACAGGACCAUAAGGAGUUCAGUCUGGAGACGUUUGCUGGCCCGGUGUUUGCCAGCCUGAGGGGAUCUUUAGGAAUUACAGAAGAGGAAUAUCAGCAGUCACUGUGCUCGGAAAAUUGCUACCUCCAGUUCAUCAGCAACUCCAAGAGCAAAGCUGACUUCUUCCUGACGAAUGAUAAACGCUUCUUCCUGAAGACCCAGAACAAACGGGAGAUUAAAUUCCUUCUGGCCAACCUGAAGAUCUACAUAAAGCAUCUGAAGAAUUACCCACAUUCACUGCUGGUCAAGUUUUUAGGAGUUCACAAGAUCCGAAUCCCAGGCAGUCGGAAGAAAUACUUCAUCGUGAUGCAAAGCGUGUUUUAUCCAGACGAUCGCAUCAACGCCAGGUACGAUAUUAAGGGCUGUGAGGUGAGUCGGUGGACCGAACCGGCACCAGAGGGUAGCCAGAUCAUCGUAGUUCUCAAAGACCUCAACUUUGAAGGACAGUUCAUCAGUCUGGAACACCAGAGAUCCUGGCUCGUCCAGCAGGUGGAGAUCGACACAAACUUCCUCCAGCGGCUCAAUGUGUUGGACUACAGCUUCCUGCUGGCCUAUCAGCCUCUACACCAAGACGAGCGCAACCAGAGCCUGUCCUUCGCGUCCCUCAUCGUCAGAACCAAAAGGUCUGUGAAUCCUGGAUCCAGCCCCAUCUACACCAGCGUAGUUGGAGUUCCAGGAGCAGUUCCAGAUGAUGAUACCUCCAGACCUUUUUCUGAAUCAGACUCUGGCUUAAAGUUGUCACAUGACGGAGACACAACAGGCAGCAGCUUUUCCCCGACGUGUCCGGAGCACAUUGGACCUGGAGCUGACACACCCGAGAUUCCAGACUUCAAGACUCAAAACCGUCGCCUGCUGCCAAACCUGAAGAACCCGUUACAUGUUAUAGACGGACCCGAGCAGCGCUACUUCAUUGGUAUCAUUGACAUUUUCACGGUUUAUAGUUUUAAGAAGAGGCUGGAGCACCUGUGGAAGAGUCUGAGACAUCCUGGGAGAUCCUUCUCCACUGUCAGUCCUGAUGCGUACUGUCUCCGGCUCUGUCAGUGGGUUCAGGACCACACCAAGUAACACACAGCAGGCAUGAAGCUUGAUUCUGCUGGUCCAAAUGACCACCAACAUGCAGCAUGCUCAUGUCUCUGAACAGAUAUAAAAGCAGCCGCUCCCAGAUAAUCCUUCAGAGGAUUUAACUGAUAGGAUGCUAAGCCUUUAUGUGUCUGAACAUGGUCCUCAGAAGGUCUUCAAAUGAGAUAAAUCCAACCUCAGACAAACAAUAUCUUACUGUGUCAUUAUUAAUGAACAAAAAGUAAACCGUAAUACCGCAUCAAGAAAGAAAGUAUUAGCCUGGUGCUGAUCAGCAGCGAUCAUUAGCUGAUCAUCUUCAGUGUGAAACAGAAGGUUAGUCAGUUUGGUGCUCUGGAGCAUCCAGGUGUGUGUUAACACAAUGUCAAGAUGGAAGACAUCAGCAAUGGCCUCAGAGAAGCAACUGUUGCUGCUCAUCAAUCUGGGAUGAGUUAUAAGGCCCUUUGUAAACCAACUGGGUCAGAAUUCUACAGGGAGAAUGAUUAUCCCCAAGUUCAAAUCCUUUUGCAAACCUGAGUGAAGGACCAGACUUCUGGACCAAAGUCCGUUGGACAGAUGAGACCAAACUGACUUCCUGUUGCUGAGGGAGGUCAGGGGGUGUACCUAGUUUUUUAUCCACACCUUCUAGAUUGUGGUUUAGUUUCUUGUAAAUAAUAAUGACACAGAUCUGGAGAUGGUUUUGCCUCAUUUUAAACCUGAUGCUAAUUUCUUUUGCUCUGGUUUGUUACAUAAAACAUUAAAAUUAAAAGUUGAUUAUUUUACAUCUAUAGUUAUGUAGAGAAGAGGUCCUAUAAAAUGAUGGGACGCAUGAUAUGCAAAUUAUUUAUUAUUUAUUAGAUACAGAUCUCUACCUACAUGCUUGUUGUCUUAAAGGGACAUGUAUUGUUUUUUUAUUAGAAUUGUGUGAAGUUUAAAUUAAUAGUUAGUCUCCUAUUUUCAUGCUUUUGGAUUGAAUCCACGUGAGUACUUCCAUCUCCUCCUUCUUCCUGGAGCUCUGCUGAUCUGCUGAGUUUUCCAGUCAAGACCAUGAACCAGAAUGCAGGUUCUGGAUGUGGAGCAUGUUCAAAAGCAUUUAUUCUGAGGAUAUGUUGCCUUAAGAUUUGCCAAGAGAACAUCCCAUACCAUGAUACAACCUCCUGCCAUCACAAAUCAUGGCUGCUGACAACAGGCUGGAUGCUCUUCUUUCUUUGCUCCAUUUCUUCUGACAAACAUCUGGAGUACUGAUCCAUGUGACCACAGUCCCCGUUCGCACAAUGUUUUAGACGUUCCCUCCAAGUCACAUCCCUUCAGGUAAGUCCCCCAUUGUCUUCUAAGGCCUUGAAGUCCUCCUGGUGAUGGACAGAAUCCCCAGAUGGCACCACUGCAGUAAUCUGAUCUGCUGUUCUGCAGAGAUGGUUGAUUUCAGGAUAAAUUAGGUCAAAGGUCACUGCAGCCCCCAGGCAACAAGGGCAUGGUUCUCAACUGGCACUCAACUGAAGGAGCUGAAUAAUCUUGAUGUCUUGUUCCUUAGUGAUGGCAGGAUGUAGCAGGAGAUGGAUAGAUAGACAAGAUUUCUGCUCUCGUCCAUCUGUGUUCCAACCCUCAGCUGUGGUCAUCAAAUCAUGACUGAAAGAACAAGAUACAAACUUCCUCUGUGAGGAGGUCUGGCUCUGCCUGAGAGAUAAGAAGAGGGUCAUCUGGAGGGAGCUGCUGCUUCUCCGCAUAAUGAGGAGGCAGCUGACAUAGUUCAUCUGAUCAGGGUCCCCCAAGAUGAUUUUCUCUGGAAGUUGUUUGAGGGACACGCCAGUAUCCAAUCAUUUCUGGAAAAUCUCAACUUUUGUUUCCAGAGUUGUAAAACUAAAUGUUUACUUGUUUAGUUGAACUUUGUGUGAGUCAUCCUACAAACCCCUUCUCCCUUCUGGCCUAAGAUUUCCAUGCGGAGCUGCAGAGUUUUGAUCAGGCGAGGGAUGUGGGAUGACUUGUGACCUCCUGUGUUUGACAGAUGGACCAUCUUAACUCCUCAGGGACUGAGCCAUUUAUUGGUUUUCCUGUAGGACUAAAGUAGGAUCAUAACAAGAACAACUUUUCUGAAGUCUUAAUCCAUCGUUUUCCAGCUGGUUUUGGAAAGUGUUGCAGUCUGAAAUGCAGGAAUGGAUGGAUGUGAAUAGAUGAAACAUAAAAACAUUUGCUUUGUACUGUCUGCAAUAAAGAAAAAUGAAAAGUUAA